GGCUCCAACAUCACAGACACGUGCACGGAGAUGCUGAUGCAGGGCGUUCUGCUGAAGAUCUCAGCGGGGAACAUACAGGAGAGGAUCUUCUUCCUCUUCGACAACCUCCUGGUCUACUGCAAGAAGAAGAACAGGCGUUUGAAGAACAGCAAGGCGUCCACAGAAGGCCCUCGCUUCCUGUUCAGGGGACGCAUCAACACAGAGGUGAUGGAGGUGGAGAACAUGGACGACGGCACAGCCGACUACCACAGCAGCGGGAACAUUGUGAACAACGGCUGGAAGAUUCACAACACGGCCAAGAACAAGUGGUUCGUUUGCAUGGCCAAGAGCCCUGAAGACAAGCAGGAGUGGCUGGAGGCCAUCUUAAAAGAGAGAGAGAGGAGGAAAACUCUGAGGCUGGGGAUGGAACAGGAGACUUGGGUGAUGGUGUCUGAGAAGGGAGAGAAGCUCUACCAUCUGAUGACCAAGCAGGGACACCUCAUUAAGGACAGGAAACGCAAGCUCACCACCUUCCCCAAGUGCUUCCUGGGAAGUGAGUUUGUGUCCUGGCUGAUGGACAUCAGGGAGACAGACAACCCAGAAGAGGGCGUCCACCUGGGGCAGGCUCUGCUGGAGAACGGCAUCAUCCACCACG